AUGCCAGCUCCAAAGGAUACACAAGCUUUAAGCCGUUUUCUUGAAACUGAUCUGUCAGAUGACCAAUAUUCUAGCAUGGUGGAGUGGUUAAAGCACAACACUGAGCCACUUUCCCAAGUCAAGUCUUUCAUGGAAAAAACGGCAGUUGAAUUGGAUUUUCGCGCCAUAUUUCCAGAUGUGUCGGACAAAUUGUGUAUGUUGUGGACACCAGUGUAUGCAGGGGAGGUACUGAAGUAUGCCACUUUACAAGGCGGAAAUUGGCAAACCUACUUAAACGUUAAGGAAUCAAUAUUAACCUCAGAUGGUAAGAAAGUCAAUGUAUCAUUGGGACUUUUGCCUUGUAUUCUGCCACCUGGAAGAAAAGCCAAGAAGAGGGCAAGUGUUGAUGAGGCAUUGGCCUCUUACAUAGAUGUUAAACCAGUUGGCACAAACUUACCAAAGUACUUGGAAGAAGUUUCCAAUACACAGCCAUAUGUUUUAAUAUUGGGAGGAUUUGCAGAUCCUCUACAAUGCUUCACCAUUGUCGAGAGAAGAGCCAUCCCUCAAGUUUCAUUUCUUAAAGCCAUUGAUGUUUGUUUUAAGCUCUUCUACAUAUUAAAUUUAAACUAUCCAUGGCAGUCCUAUACUACAUGGGAGUUCAUACAGAAAGUUAUUUAUGGUUUAGAAGACACAGGAAACCACAAUAAAACUUCACCAGCAGUCAUAGCCAUGACAGCCUUGAAAAAAGCCUCUAAAAUUUAG